AGCUGGCAGAGCUUUGGUUCUUUGGUUGUGAGCUGGCAGCAGAGAGGAGUAAGGAAUAUCCCGAACUCAGUUCCCUGAAACUUGUGUUCCAGUCCCUGGAGGAUGAGUUACAGCAGCCUGAGCAAUAACAGCGAUCACCCCUCUCCUUCCAGGCUCUCCAGCGCUGCUGCAACCUAUGGGAGUAGACAUAUUGAUGUGAAUAGCAAUGCAGCCUUCCGUUCUCUCUCCCCAACUCUGCCCCUCUCAGGAGGUGAUGCCGAGGAACAAGAUCACUUUAAUCCUCACAGAAGACGCAUGGAGGUCAUGGAUGAUACAGUGAGAAACAAGAGUGUUAAGAGAAAUAGGAACAGAGGUGAACUACUAAAGUCAGCUUAUGAUUUUGUGGACAUUCCGGUCACCCGGGAACAGAUGAAUCACUACCGGAUAAUUGCUGAAAAUUCCCAAAGUGAGCUAGCUGCUCUGCAUGUAAAGUAUGAAACUGCACAGUCAGAGUUACUGGAUCUCCGGUCAAAGAUUUCCUCCAAGGAAGUGUCUCUACAAGAGCUUAAGGCUGAAUUGGAAAAUUGUAAAGAAAGUAAUGCACGACAGGCCUCUAUGAUUACCUCUCUGAGAGCAAGGGUACAGGAGACGGAAGAGGAGUCUGGUAUAUUUGCCAGCUCUAAGACGAGAGCAGAAUUGGCUAUGCAGGCAGUUCUUCAGGAAAACCAAGACCUGAAGGAUAGAGUCCAUGAGAUGGAGUCAAGGUUAAGAACCUAUGUUGGACAGCUGGAGGAUACCAAAUCUCAGGCUUCUAGAUACAACAGAGGUCAUGGACAUUUUGUUACUGAACUAUCAGCUUGUUUGGGCAUUGAUAUCUUGGGAAAAGACGAUCCAGAAGAAUUGCUAAUCUCUAAGGCAGGCGAGCUCUACAAAGGCAAUACUGGAUUGAGGGGCCGUGUUGCCACCCUAGAGCAUACAAUUAAUGUACAUGAGACAGAAUCUAAGGCCAGCAGGGAAACUAUACUGAAGCUUGUCUCUGAACUGAACAGGGAGAAGAAAAAAAGCUCCUCAUUUAUUCAGCAAAUAGAUUCUCUCCACAAGAAUUUGGAAAAUGCAACUGAUGCCAAGCAAGCUCUGGAAAGGGAGACCAUAAUGCUUCAGGACAGGCUAAGUGCAUCACAACAGGCCUGGACAGCCAGCAAGCAAGAGUUGAGCCUAAUUAAGAAAAGCUCCACCGAGUUGGACAUGACUUUAAAGAGCAGUCUCGGGGAGGCCAAAGUUGCCCAAAGCCAUCUUGAAUCUUUCAAGGAAGAAAUUGCAGCAGCUCUGAGUAGCAAUUCUGUUACAGUCAAACCAAAAGAGGAGGCCAUCUUGGAGAGCAUACGUGAUUUAUGCAACCGGACAGAAAGCAAAAAAAAUAUGGUAAUACAGCUGGAAGGUAGGGUGUGCAAACUGAAUGAGCAGCUUCAGAACCAGGCAGAUCUGCACCAGGAGGCAAUGCUCAGGGCCAAGAGAGCAGAGCAGCAACUGGAAGAGCUGAGGGCUCGGUUUAAAAUGGCCGAAGGAGAACUAGUUUCUGGAGAUGUCCUGAGGGACAAUCUGAGUUACGAGAAGCAGAAGUACAUGAAGUUCUUGGAGCAGCUGUCUGAUAAGAUGAAGCUGGAAAGAAUAACUGCUGAUGUAGGUUUUGACAUGCGUCUGGAUGUCAUCCUUGCCCGGGCAGAUCAGUUGGUCAAAUUAGAAUCAAAUGCUGUCAUUGAAAACAAGACACUUGCUCACGGAUUGCAAAGAAAGUUAAAAGCCCAGAAGGAAAAGUAUGAUAGCAAAGAACUUCACAUGGAUCUUUUGAGGAAAAAGAUUGCCCAGCUAGAAGAAGAAAAACAGGUACGCACAGCUCUAGCAGUGGAGAGAGAUGAGGCCAACCUGACAGUGAGGAGUCUGCAGAAGAAGGUGGAGAGACUACAGAAGGAGUUAAAUGCAGCUCUUGAAUCCAUCACAGAACUUAAAUCUAGGCUUUCAGAUACCAAUGAGCUGAAGAUAAAAACAAUGGAACAGCACAAAACUAUUGAACACCUAAACAAGAAUCUGGACCAACUUCAGAAAGUUAAAGGCAAGACUCAGAAGAAAUUGCUUUGUGUCAAAUCAGAAUUAGACUUUACUGAAAAGGAGGCCAAAGAGGACAAAGAGAAAGCUGACAAUUUUAUAGAUGUCAUUACCAGUGAGCUGAAGACACUUAAGAAAACCUUAGAAGAGGUUUCGAAGAGGGAAAAGCAGCUGGUAGAUUUUCGAGAGGUGGUGUCACGUAUGCUGGGUCUGAAUGUCAACGCCUUGGCACUACCAGAUUAUGAAAUAAUCAAACGACUUGAAGGACUGCUCCAUAGCCACCAUCAUCACACUCUAUCCUGCGCAUAAGAAAAGAAACAGAAGUCUUAUGGAAAGACCUAUACUGAUGUAUAAUGAGUCCCAACUUGAAAUUUCAAUUAGUUCGAUUUUUUUGCAUAAAUUAUUUUUUGGUCAAUAUGCAAAUAUCCAGAUAUAUUUGUGUUAUGAAUUAGUACGUUUGGUGUGACCAUACAAUAUGCUUAAAUGAAAUGCUAUCAAGAAUUACAUAGUGCCAUAUUUUAUAUUAUCCAGAGUACUCAGGUAUCUAAUUUUGUAUUGCUUUAUGUUAAAUGUAAAUUAUCUUGAAAAGGUUUUACAUUAAUAACUUCGUACAUGGAAUAAAGUGUUAUUCACAUGA